GUGUUAAACUACUGCUGGACAGUUGUCGUGGAAAAUUAUUCUCAAAUAUAUGUCUUGCAGAACAGAUUAUUGAAACUCCCCGAUUUCAUUCUUUCGCAUACACAUGAAUGUGUUUAUUUGUUUGUAUAUGCACACAAGAGUAAAUCGAGAUGAAGAAAAACUAUAGCAUUAUGAUUAUUAUUUUUGCAUGAGUGAAUAAACGUAUAAAAGACGUGUUCUGAUCUCAAACAUCAUACAAUUGCUACUUGAACUUUCUAUAAGAAGGUUAAUUCACAGUACCAUUAGAGUUGAUAAUUACUAAAAAAAAAAAAAUAGUCAAGAUGAAGAAUAUUUUGUCUAUUGUAAUGCUAAUUGUAGCAUUUAUAGCAGUUACACACGCACAAAUAGGACCACCACGAAAUACACAUUUUCCACAACCUAAGUUUCCUAAUAGCCGACCAAGUCAAUGGAACAGACCAAGUUUUUCGAGACGCUUCAGACGAUCAGCUGAUGACAAAAAUCGUAUCACAGUUGAGGGUCAAAAACAAGGAGGAGGUUCAUCAUAUAAUAUUGACUAUGGUCGUACAAUUUAUGAAAAUAAACACGGAAGUGUCGUUGUUAAUGGGGGAAUGAACAAGGAGCCACAUGGAAGACCUCAAAAACAUAUUGGAAUUCAAGGACAGUGGCGGUUUUAAUUAUUCAUUUAGAAAAUAAAAUAUUUAUUGUACAUAUCAAAUGUCAAUUAAUGUAUGUAUAUAUAUUAAAAUAGAAUUUUGCAUUUAUUAGUUUACAUUUAUAAAUUGUAUUACAAGAAAUUUAAGUUAAGAAGAAUUAUACACUGUUUAUUGAAAAAUAAA